CCUUAAUCAUUUUUGUUCUUUAUUGUUUUUUUGUUUGGUAUGAAUGAUGCCACAUUUGGCAGAGGAAUUUGCAGCGAUCCGCGAAUGUCCCUGAAAUGGGGUUAAGAUUCCAAAGCCCAGGCUUCAUUCAUUCCAGGUUUCUGUGGAGAGAUUGCAGUGCUUAGCUGCUCAUUCAGUCUAGCAGAACUUGAGUAAGCUGCUAGGUAGAGAAUGAGUGAAUCUUGAGGUGCAGGGCUGACAGACCGACAUACCAAGAUAGAAAGGCUGCUUUAUGCUAAGGGGCUAAAUAUUCAUUAGCUUCCCCUACCAGUAUUUCUUUACUUUCAUUAUAUCUAAAUCUUCAUGUGGUGAAGUACGUUCAGCAGUUCUGACUAAACUGAACUAGAUUCUGUUUCCUGAAUAUGAGUAUGUUGAGGUUUUUUUUUCAGAAUUCUGAACGUCCAAGUACCCAACGUCCCAAAGAACUGGGGAACCCUGGUUUAGGCCAAAUGUUUACGUGCAACUAGGCUAAAACUUUCAAAGUCAAUGUUUGGCAACAUGCCACUUUUUACCAUACAUUUCCUGCAUGAAGACAAAUCGGCUAUCUACUUUAUUCCCGUAAAAGGGAAGGCUAUAUACCCAAGUCUCAGCUGAUUACCUGGGAACCCUCAGAGGAGUUUGUGAGGAACAGCCAUGUCAUCAGUACACCCAUGCAAACUAUGCACAUCAUGGCGGAUCUGGGUCCGGUUGGGCAGCUGGGUCAGAGGGAGAACGAACAUGUACUGUGUACCGUGAGAGUUGACGGCAAUGGCGUCAUCACUGUCAAACCAGACUUCAACAACACAAAGGGACCCUACAGGGUGGAGACCAAAGGGGAGAAACGCGAAGUGUGGCACCUGACUCUGGAGAACGCGUCGGCCCCCAUCAGCCAGGAGGAGAGGACGAGGGAACAGCGCAUCUACGGCGAUCUCUACGUUCGUCACAAAGACUACCUUGAUAGCCUAGUUGGCCAAGACUUCGAAAUGCCUCCUCCGGGGAUUCUCCGCCUGCUGGUGAAUGGAGAGAUCGUUUCAGCCCAGGGCUACGAGUAUGACAACGUCUACAUCCAUUUCUUCAUGGACUUACCCCGCAACUGGUCGAGUUUGCCUCUCCAGUCCUUUUCUGGAGUCACGCAGACCUGCCGCACACGCACCCUGGGCACGGAGAGCGUCGCUUUCUUCUCUUACCCGUUCAGCUUUGAGGCGUUUUUCAGGAAAGAGGAUGAGACAGAAGGUUCACUCCCCAAAUGGCCUGUGCUGUACUUCGAGGUUCUCUCGCUGGAUUCCUGGCAGCGCCACAGGACUGAAGGCUACGGUUACCUGGUAAUCCCCGCAACCCCUGGCUGCCACUCCCUGACCUGCAGCACCUGGAGACCACUGCAGUGUGGCACGCUGGCUGAGCUACGUCGCUUUUUUGUUGGCGGGGCCCUUGAGCUGGAGGACCUCGGCUACGUGCGGGUACCCGGCACCUUCAAGGGGGACCGUCUCAGUCGAUUUGGUUUCCGCACAGUGACAACAGGAAGCGUGACGUUUACCUUGCACUGUAUUCAACAUGCCAGAGCUUUUGUAGAUGCCAGUGCAUUGAGGAAGAGGAGACAGAGCGUGCUAGAUCAGCUGGGAGGCUUCAGCCAACAAGGAUCUGUCUACAAUGUGCUAGAGGCUUUUCAGAAGGCCAGGAGACGCAUGCAGGAGGCCCGGGAGAGCCUUCCUGGAGACCUGAUAAACACCAGCUCCCCACUCGCCCCCGAGCCCACAGCAUAACUCCCCUGCUACAUGUCUGCAGAAGAAAAUCAACUUCCCUCUCAGCUUUUUUUUUUCUUUUUAUGCACUGUACAAAUCUGAGGAUUCUGCUUAUAGUACCAUCUGGAGAUAAUUUGCAUAUAUUUAACAUAUGCAAGCAGUUUUAUAGCAAUUACGUGUAUAUGUGUGUAUAAAUACAUACCAUAAUUGAUACUGAUGUUAUUGUUUUGGCUGGCUAAGCCAAUAUGUAUAAUUACUUUUUUUAAUUUCAAAUGAUAUUAAUGUAAUGAUUUUAAUGUCUUAAUAAAAUAGUAUAUGUGGUAAGAUUCCAUUCUUGCAUAUAUACCUUCUUGUGACAUUUCUAUGCAUUUGUAUGUCUGUCACAUUUUGAAAGGCACUAGUGUCUCACACUUCCAGGCUUGGGGGCUGUGACAUGUCUUGUGAAUGUAUGUACCCCUGCCCAGUACCCCGUGCUGCCUGGAAUUUGUGCUCCAUGGAUUGAGUUGAUUAUCUAUGUACCCAUUUAAAAAAAAAUACAUUAAAUAAUUAAAUGAAGCUAUUAAAACGGCAUGGGUGCAUGGCAUAUCCUGUUGACCGACUCAAUUACAA